AUGAGUGAAACAUCGCAACCGGGGACGCCGUCUGUCGCCUCACCGCGAGAGCCUGGUGCGGCGCGGACGGCCUUGCCCUCUCGACCUAUGUCGACCAAGAUCCGCGAAACCACGCCGUCUGGUUCCAUCAACUCAGCACGAUCUUCGGUGGAAACCGACGGCUACAGACAUCAUGAAACCGAAGAAAAGGUUCCAUCGACCGCAAAUCAAAGAGAAGGCACCCACAACGACGAUGACGGAUCAUCGAAUGCUGGUAGCCCUAGGAAAUCCGCUGACGCCCCCUGCAGCAACUGCGGCACCACCCGCACCCCCCUUUGGAGGAGAUCUCCCCAAGGUGCCACCAUCUGCAACGCCUGUGGCCUAUAUUUAAAAGCCCGGAAUGCCGCUCGACCUACCAGUUUGAAAAAGCCGCCCAACCUUGUCCCUAGCACCGGCUCGGCCCAGCCAACGGCUUCAAAACCGAGCACGUCUCCCGCACCCAAGUUGCUGCCAAACGUCGCUGGAGCAACCUACGUGGCCGCGGAUGCCACUCAGUCAGGCACCUGUCCCGGUGGUGGCCGCUGCAACGGUACCGGCGGCGCUGAGGGCUGUAACGGGUGUCCAGCAUACAAUAACCGCAUGUCGAAGAGCGCCCAGCUUAAUGUCAUGCAGCGGCAAGGUGGCUGCCAUGGCCGUGUGGAACCCAAGCACGAACCUGUCCCGAUCGAUAUCAAUGCUCUUCAGGCCCAGGAGCGAGAUACCACGGUUGUCAUUGCCUGUCAAAACUGUGGAACUACAAUAACACCCCUGUGGAGGAGAGAUGAAAGUGGACAUACUAUUUGCAAUGCUUGUGGACUUUACUACAAACUCCAUGGUGUACAUAGGCCUGUCACCAUGAAGAAGGCCACGAUUAAAAGGCGGAAACGAGUGAUUCCCGCGGCUCAGGAUGAGGAAGGGGAAGAGGCCAUGGAGGGGGUAGAGACCCAGAGCCAGGAGAAGACCCCCGAAAGGGGGUCUAUGAACGAGGACGGAUCCGUGAAUCUAGGUCUUCGACGCCGCCCUGAACACCCUCUAACGAUCGAACCCGAACCGGCCAUGCGAUCGAGUCGAAAUCCUUCGCCGCUCCCGUCUGCCUCCACCUCCGACCUGGCAGUCUAUCAUCAGCACAACACCACGUCACGCAGCGUGCCACCGACGUUGAACGAUGAGAAUAAACUUGCGCCGAUGGCCUCGAUGAACUCAGCAAUAAUCGAUGACAGACAAUCCUCGCUGUCACCCGCCUCCUUUCUUUCGCCCACCCGCAAACGAUCCUUUUCCUCCACGGAGGCAGACUUUGUCAGGGGUGCAGAUGGAAGCCACGAGAACGCCAAGCGAAUAUCCUCCAUCAAGUCCAUCCUCAAUCCAUCUACUAGUGCUGAAGAGCCCUCGAAUACCGGACUUGCCAAUGCAGAUCGGGGAGAAUAUGCGCUGCCACCGUUGAGGUCUCCGGGCGCUAGCAUACCACCGAGGACUUCUGGCGGCGGCGGCGGAUUUACACCAUUGAACGCGGCCUCUAGACCUCUCGAUAACGAUGCGGAAAGCGAGCGAAUCAAGGCGGAGCGUCGGAUGUUGCUAAGGCAAGAGGCGGAGCGAAUGCGCGAGAUGCUCGCCGCAAAGGAGCGGGAACUUAUGGAGCUGGGAGAGUGA